GCCACCGUCCUCCGCGCCCUCAAGUCCAUACAGCAGAGUCUGCUGCUGCAGGAGGACCGGCUGGACGCCCUCUCCCUGCUCUGCCUGACCUCCCUGCCCAGUUUCUGCCUGCUCUUCGGGGCGGCCGUGGCGUUGGAGGUGGGUCCCUCCUGGGAGGGCGUCCUGCGCUACGACGGCACCCUCUGGGCCUGCGUCCUGCUCAGCUGCCUGAGCUCUGUCCUCUACAACCUGGCCACCUUCUGCGUCCUCUCCCUCACCUCCGCCCUCACCGUCCACGUCCUGGGCAACGUCACUGUGGUGGGCAACCUGCUGCUCUCCCGCCUCCUCUUUGGCAGCCACUUGAGCGGGCUCAGCUACCUGGGCAUCGGGCUGAUGCUGGCCGGGAUGUUCAUGUACCACCAGCCGGACCUCAUUGCCGCGCGCUGGGCGGCAUGGCCGGGCCGGGGACGCCCCCGCCGGGAAUAGGGACCCCCCCACCGGGGCGGGAGCGGAUGGGAAGUGGGACAGGCCGCGGGGUGUGGGCUCUGCGGGGGCAUGAGGGGGCCGGUGUGCAUGGCGCUGGGUGCACACGGGGGCGCUGAGGUGCAUGAUACUGUGCACAGAGGUGUGUGGGUGUGCCCGGCUCUGUGCACACGUGUAUUUUCUGGUGUGCACAGUUGUGUGUGUCCAUGUGCUGGUUUGCACAGCUCCGUGUGCACACAUGUGCACGGCACCCUGAGCGUGGAUGUGCUGGCGUGUGCAAGCUGGUUGUGCACAUGUGUUGUGCGCCCAGCUCUGCACGCGUGUGUGUGCAUGGCUUGUGUGCAGUUGUGUGUGCACACGUGUGUCUCGGUGUGCAUGGCUCCACACCUCUUCGUGGGCAACCGGGUCUGUGUGCACAGUUCCGUGGGCAUGUGGGCACGUCUGGGUGUGCACAGGCUCUGCAAGUGUUGAGUGGCUCUCUGCGCGUGGCUAUGCAUGCACGAGGGCACGUGUGUUGGUGUGUGAAGGCUCCACGUGUGCAAACAGGUCUCACGCCUGUGGGCAUGUGUGUGUUGGUACAGACUGUAUGUGGGAACCUGCAUGCACAGCUCAGCAUGUGUGUGGGCACACGUGUGCUGGUGUGCGCAGGUUCUGCACAUGCAAGCGUGUUGCUGUGUGUGUGCGGAGCUUUACAGGUGUGCACAGGGGUGCUGGUGCACACAGGCUCUGUGUGUGCAGGAUCCCAUGCACGUGGGCAGAGCGUUACAUGCAGGCAUGCCCGGGUGUGUUGGCGCACGCAGCCCCUGCCUGCAUGUGUACGCAAACUCUGCACGUGCAAACGCACCUCCACACGUGCGCAGCUCUGUGUGCCUGGGGUGUGUCUGUGUGUACGUGUGUGUGAGUGCACGUGUGCGUGUGUGUAUGUGCGUGUGCGUCACUACUGAGCUCUGCUGGCUGGAGUAAACCCGGGGCUGUGUACACACAGUUCUCGGGGCUGAACAAGACGUCCAGGGAGGGGGCAGGUGAGUGUCCCCUCUCCUGUCCCCAACCUCACCGUGUCAUGCCGGUCCCACAGGGAUCCCUGGUGGUGCUGCUGGUGGUGUUGUCCCCAUCGUGCCCUCCCAGUCACCACGGCUCCAGCUCUGGCCCCAUUCCUUCCAGCUUGCCACAGCUGGAGCAGGCAGGUGCAGGCAGGGCUGCCUGCUCAUCCCUGGAGCUCCGUCGCAGAGAUGUCAAGAGCCCAGCAAAGGGGACAGGGACAGCUCAGACCCCCCUGCCAUCACUCCGGGAUGGUGCUGGCCUGUGACACACGCUCACCUUGGCAAAGGGAUGUCCCAGCGCGCGUAUGUCCGGGCACCAACACCGGCACACACGUGCGGGCACCAGCACCAUUGCGUGCGGCGUCUGCGGGGGCUGCUGCCAUGCUCACCAUCUCUGUGCCGGGGCUGAAGGACCCAGCUCUGAUUGCACUUGUCCCAAAAUAAAGCUCUAUUUUUGUCGUACUCCA